GCGGCUGGGGAGCGGUGAUUGAUCGCCCCAGGCGGCCGCGCCCCAGCUCGCGGCAGCCGGCGGCGGCGGACAGGCGGCUUGACAGGCGCGGGCACAGCGGCCGUGCGGGCCUCGCACCUGCAGCCCCCGCGGCCGGCGCCGGGGAGCGGCGAAGACGCGGAGCUGGGGUUUCCCCUGUGCGGGCGCUGCCAGGAUAGAAGGGAGGCGUGUUCCCCAGGAAAAUGAGACACGGAGCCCUGCAGGGGCCGGGCGCUGGACCUUAGGGAGCGGGCAGGGCUGGGUGGGGAGGGUCGCUUCCCCGCCCCAGGGCUCGGCCGCUGGCCCCAGCGCCCUGUCGGUCCUUGGUCGCGCGUCCCCGCUCUUUGUCAGCCACGCUUGGCGGGCACGCGGACCCACCCGCGCCGCCCCAGGCUCGCGGGCGCGCCCCUCCUCCACCGUGGAGAAACGAGUGGGGGCCAGGUGGGGAGGGUCGCAGCGGGUGAGAGCACCUGGUGAGGUGCCUGUCGCCGACCGGCCUGCGGCCUAGGGGGUGGGCUGGGGCAUGGGCGGGCACUUCUGUGAAUCUCGGGGAUUGAUGGAAUGACCCAGGUGACCGAGGGUCGGGCGGGAGCCCGGAGGUCAAACAAGUGUUUGUGAGGGGCUAGAGAUUGACGGGGUAGAGCCCAGAAGGGACGCUUUCUCCUGGAGGAGGCCUUGGGAGAGCUGGCCUUUGUAGUGAAAUGGGCGUCUGGGAGAGGAAUGGGCGGUUCUGGGAUGAAGCAGGUGGUCUGAGAGGAGCGGCAUUUUUCCUGCCCCCGAGCUGAGGAUAGGGAUGGAAGCUUGGCCUGAGUUUCCCGGAGGUUGAGGCUGUCAGUUCAGCACCUGCCCUGGCACCAGAAGGUAAUGGGAGGAGGGGUAAGUGCUAGGAUAAAGGGCAAAGCUGUGCCAGGACCUGGGUCCUUUCCUUUCUGCUUCCUGUGGCUAGAUCCCUUCUAGAUGUUCUUUGGGAAGAGGGCUCGCAUGCUGCUGGCACAAGGGGUGCCCUGGCAGGGAGGCUCUGCUGCCCGAGGCUGCCUACAGGCCUCCUACACCGUUUUUAUGUUUCUUUUGUUAUCUCUUCGAAUUCUGUGCCUAUGGUGGGGAUCUGCCAAUGACCCAGGAGGCUGUCUCUGCUCCUUGCUGCCUCUAGGCUGAGAUUCGAGAAUCCUGGAGGAGCUGUGGCCACAGACCCAUUGUGUCCAGCCAUGUAGGAUACCUCGCUGUCUCUACACAGCCCUGUGAGCAGAUGAAGAAACUGAGUCUCAGAGAGGUGAAGUGACUUGCCCAAGAUCACAGCAAUUAUCACUUCUCCCUGGGCUCCCAGGCCCUCCUGCGGCAGCCCCCGCCUGGGCCAUGUCUUCCUCAGAUGAAGAGACGCUCAGUGAGCGGUCAUGUCGGAGUGAGCGGUCAUGUCGGAGUGAGCGGUCUUACAGGAGCGAGCGGUCAGGGAGCCUGUCUCCCUGUCCCCCAGGGGACACCUUGCCCUGGAACCUGCCACUGCAUGAGCAGAAAAAGCGGAAAAGCCAGGAUUCGGUGCUGGACCCUGCAGAGCGUGCUGUGGUCAGAGUCGCUGAUGAACGGGACCGGGUUCAGAAGAAAACGUUCACCAAGUGGGUCAACAAGCACUUAAUGAAGGUCCGCAAGCACAUCAAUGAUCUUUAUGAAGAUCUGCGGGAUGGCCAUAACCUGAUCUCUCUGUUGGAGGUCCUCUCAGGCAUCAAACUGCCCCGGGAGAAGGGCAGGAUGCGUUUUCAUAGGCUGCAGAAUGUGCAGAUUGCCCUGGACUUCCUAAAGCAGCGACAGGUGAAACUAGUGAAUAUUCGCAAUGAUGACAUCACAGAUGGCAACCCCAAGUUGACCCUGGGUCUGAUCUGGACCAUUAUUUUGCAUUUCCAGAUCUCUGACAUCUACAUUAGUGGAGAAUCAGGGGAUAUGUCAGCCAAGGAGAAACUACUCCUGUGGACCCAGAAGGUGACAGCUGGUUACACAGGAAUCAAAUGCACCAACUUUUCCUCCUGCUGGAGUGAUGGGAAGAUGUUCAAUGCACUCAUUCACCGAUACCGACCCGAUCUGGUAGACAUGGAGAGGGUGCAAAUCCAAAGUAACCGAGAGAAUCUGGAACAGGCUUUUGAAGUGGCAGAAAGAUUGGGGGUCACUCGCCUGCUGGAUGCAGAAGAUGUGGAUGUGCCAUCUCCAGAUGAAAAGUCUGUAAUCACUUAUGUGUCUUCAAUUUAUGAUGCCUUCCCUAAAGUCCCGGAGGGUGGAGAAGGGAUCAGUGCUACGGAAGUGGACUCCAGGUGGCAAGAAUACCAAAGCCGAGUGGACUCCCUCAUUCCCUGGAUCAAACAGCAUACAAUACUGAUGUCAGAUAAAACUUUUCCCCAAAACCCUGUUGAACUAAAGGCACUUUAUAACCAAUAUAUACACUUCAAAGAAACAGAAAUUCUGGCCAAGGAGAGAGAAAAAGGAAGAAUUGAGGAAUUAUAUAAAUUACUAGAGGUGUGGAUUGAAUUUGGCCGAAUUAAACUGCCUCAAGGUUAUCACCCUAAUGAUGUGGAAGAAGAGUGGGGAAAGCUCAUCAUAGAGAUGCUGGAACGAGAGAAAUCACUUCGGCCGGCUGUGGAGAGGCUGGAAUUGCUGCUACAGAUUGCAAACAAAAUCCAGAAUGGUGCUUUGAACUGUGAAGAAAAACUGACACUAGCUAAGAAUACACUGCAGGCUGAUGCUGCUCACUUGGAAUCAGGACAACCGGUGCAAUGUGAGUCAGAUGUCAUUAUGUACAUUCAGGAGUGUGAAGGUCUCAUCAGGCAGCUGCAGGUGGAUCUCCAGAUCCUGCGGGAUGAGAAUUACUACCAGCUAGAAGAGCUGGCUUUUAGGGUCAUGCGUCUGCAGGAUGAGCUGGUCACCUUGCGUCUAGAGUGUACAAACCUGUACCGGAAGGGUCAUUUCACUUCACUUGAAUUGGUUCCACCCUCUACUUUAACCACCACUCAUCUGAAAGCAGAACCCUUAACCAAGGCAACCCAUUCUUCUUCUACCUCCUGGUUCCGAAAGCCUAUGACUCGGGCUGAACUUGUGGCUAUCAGCUCCUCUGAAGAUGAAGGCAAUCUCCGAUUUGUGUAUGAACUACUAUCUUGGGUAGAAGAGAUGCAGAUGAAACUGGAGCGAGCAGAGUGGGGCAAUGACCUGCCUAGUGUGGAGUUGCAGCUAGAAAUGCAGCAGCACAUCCAUACCAGUGUAGAAGAGCUGGGCUCAAGUGUCAAGGAGGCCAGGUUGUAUGAGGGAAAGAUGUCCCAGAAUUUCCAUACCAGCUAUGCUGAAACUCUUGGAAAGCUGGAGACACAGUAUUGUAAAUUGAAGGAAACUUCUAGCUUCCGGAUGAGGCACCUUCAGAGCCUGCAUAAAUUUGUUUCCAGAGCUACAGCUGAGCUGAUCUGGUUGAAUGAGAAGGAGGAGGAGGAACUAGCAUAUGACUGGAGUGACAACAAUUCCAAUAUCUCAGCCAAGAGAAAUUACUUCUCUGAGUUGACAAUGGAACUGGAGGAGAAACAGGAUGUGUUUCGUUCUCUACAAGAUACAGCAGAACUACUUUCACUUGAGAACCACCCAGCCAAGCAGACAGUGGAGGCUUACAGUGCUGCUGUCCAGUCCCAGUUGCAGUGGAUGAAGCAGCUGUGCCUGUGUGUUGAGCAUCAUGUGAAAGAGAAUACUGCUUAUUUUCAGUUCUUCAGUGAUGCACGAGAGCUGGAGUCAUUCUUGAGGAACCUCCAAGAUUCCAUUAAACGAAAAUAUUCCUGUGACCACAACACCAGCUUAUCCCGCCUUGAAGACCUGCUCCAGGACUCCAUGGAUGAAAAGGAGCAGCUUAUACAGUCCAAGAGUUCCGUUGCCAGUCUCGUUGGGAGAUCAAAAACCAUCGUUCAGCUAAAACCACGCAGUCCAGACCAUGUGUUAAAGAGCACCAUUUCUGUCAAGGCCAUCUGUGACUAUCGGCAGAUCGAGAUUACUAUUUGCAAAAAUGAUGAAUGUGUGCUAGAAGAUAAUUCUCAGCGGACCAAAUGGAAAGUGAUCAGCCCCACAGGGAACGAGGCAAUGGUGCCAUCAGUCUGCUUCCUCAUCCCCCCACCCAAUAAGGAUGCCAUUGAGAUGGCCAGCAGGGUCGAACAAUCUUAUCAGAAGGUGAUGGCCCUUUGGCACCAGCUACAUGUUAACACCAAAAGCCUUAUCUCUUGGAACUAUCUGCGUAAAGACCUUGACCUUGUGCAGACCUGGAACCUAGAAAAGCUUCGAUCCUCAGCACCAGGAGAGUGCCAUCAGAUUAUGAAGAACCUUCAGGGCCACUAUGAAGACUUUCUGCAGGAUAGUCGUGACUCUGUGCUGUUCUCAGUGGCUGAUCGCUUGCGCUUGGAAAAGGAGGUGGAAGCUUGUAAAGCCCACUUCCAGCACCUGAUGAAGUCCAUGGAGAAUGAGGACAAAGAGGAGACUGUGGCCAAGAUGUACAUUUCAGAGUUGAAGAACAUCCGGCUGCGCCUGGAGGAGUAUGAACAGAGGGUGGUCAAACGAAUUCAGUCUCUAGCCAGCUCUAGGACUGACAAAGAUGCCCGGCAGGACAAUGCAUUAAGGAUUGCAGAGCAAGAGCACACCCAGGAGGAUUUACAGAAACUGAGGUCAGACUUGGAUGCAGUUUCUAUGAAAUGUGACAGCUUUCUCCAUCAGUCUCCGUCUAGUUCAAGUAUCCCAACUCUGCGCUCAGAACUGAAUCUGCUGGUGGAGAAGAUGGACCAUGUGUAUGGUCUCUCUACUGUAUAUCUGAAUAAGUUAAAGACAGUCGAUGUUAUAGUACGUAGCAUACAGGAUGCUGAACUCUUGGUCAAAGGUUAUGAGAUUAAGCUGAGUCAAGAAGAAGCAGUACUGGCAGAUCUCUCAGCUCUGGAGGCCCAUCGGUCGACAUUACGGCACUGGCUUAGUGAUGUGAAGGACAAGAAUUCAGUGUUUUCAGUCCUAGAUGAGGAAAUUGCCAAGGCCAAGGCAGUGGCAGAGCAGAUGAGUCGUCUGACACCAGAGCGAAAUCUGGAUUUGGAGCGCUGUCAGGAAAAAGGCUCCCAGCUGCAGGAGCGUUGGCACCGAGUCAUUGCCCAGCUCGAGAUUCGCCAAUCUGAGCUAGAAAGUAUCCAGGAAGUUCUGGGAGAUUACCGAGCCUGCCAUGGAACUCUCAUCAAGUGGAUUGAGGAAACCACUGCCCAGCAGGAAAUGAUGAAGCCAGGCCAGGCAGAGGAUAGCAGAGUGCUUUCGGAGCAGCUCAGCCAGCAGACGGCCCUAUUUGCAGAAAUUGAGAGAAAUCAGACAAAACUGGAUCAAUGUCAAAAAUUUUCCCAGCAGUACUCUACUAUUGUGAAGGACUAUGAAUUGCAACUAAUGACAUACAAGGCCUUUGUGGAAUCACAGCAGAAAUCCCCUGGCAAGCGCCGUCGCAUGCUUUCCUCUUCAGAUGCCAUCACUCAAGAGUUCAUGGACUUAAGGACUCGCUACACGGCAUUGGUGACUUUAACAACUCAGCAUGUGAAAUACAUCAGUGAUGCACUCCGGCGUCUGGAGGAGGAGGAGAAAGUGGUAGAAGAGGAGAAACAAGAACAUGUGGAGAAGGUUAAAGAACUUUUGGGCUGGGUGUCUACCCUAGCGAGGAAUACACAAGGAAAAGCUACCUCAUCCGAGACCAAAGAAUCAACAGACAUUGAAAAAGCUAUUUUGGAACAGCAGGUUCUGUCAGAAGAGCUGACAACAAAGAAAGAACAAGUCUCUGAAGCUAUUAAAACAUCACAGAUCUUCUUGGCCAAGCAUGGUCAUAAGCUCUCAGAAAAAGAGAAGAAACAAAUAUCUGAGCAAUUGAAUGCCCUAAACAAGGCUUACCAUGACCUUUGUGAUAGUUCUGCAAAUCAGCUUCAGCAGCUUCAGAGCCAGUUGGCUCACCAGACAGAACAAAAGGAUUGCAGAGCAGUUGCUGGGGUGAUUGACCUAGGCACAGUGGAGAUAUUUCCCAUCUUCAAAGCCAUGCAAAAGGGCCUCCUUGACCAAGACACAGGCCUGGUGCUUCUGGAAUCUCAGGUUAUCAUGUCUGGCCUCAUUGCACCUGAGACCGGUGAAAACCUCUCUUUGGAGGAGGGCAUAGCCAGAAACCUCAUUAAUCCCCAGAUGUACCAGCAGCUCCGGGAGCUACAGGAUGCCCUGGCCUUAAUAAGCAGGCUUACUGAGAGCAGAGGCCCUCUUUCUGUGGUGGAAGCAAUUGAAAAGAGAAUAAUCAGUGAGAGAGUUGGACUGAAAAUCUUAGAAGCUCACCUGGCAACUGGAGGUUUCAGUCUUUCCCCUAGUGAGAACUGCGUUAACCUGGAAGAGGCUUUUCAUCAAGGCCUCAUUUCUGCAUGGCUUCAUUCAGUAUUAGAGUCUUAUCUUAGAACAUCCAAGAAUUUGAUAGACCCUAACACAGCUGAGAAAAUUGGUUUGCUGGAUCUGAUGCAGCGAUGUAUUGUCCACCAGGAAUCAGGAUUCAAAUUGCUGCCUGUCAAACAACUGGCAGGGGGGAUGGUGAGCUUGAAAUCAGGCCGGAAGGUUAGCAUUUUCCGUGCAGUUCAGGAAGGGCUAAUAGAUAGGCAGGUCACUGUCCGGUUGCUGGAAGCUCAGCUUUUUGCUGGUGGCGUAGUAGAUCCAAGAACAGGACACAGACUUACAGUGGAAGAGGCUGUAAGACAUAAUUUGAUUGACCAAGAUAUGGCCUGUGCUAUCCUCAUAAGGCAGCUUCAGACAGGAGGCAUCAUAGACACUGUCACGGGGCAAAGGCUAACAAUAGAUGAAGCAGUGAGCAAUGAUCUAGUAGCUGCUAAGAUCGCCCUUGUGAUUCUGGAGUCCCUCUGGUCAUUCAUGGGGUUGCUGUGGCCUGAAUCUGGAGAGAUCCUCCCAAUUACAGAUGCCCUAGAACAAGGUAUUGUGUCUACUGAACUAGCACAUAAAAUCCUUAGUAACCGACAGCAUAUUAAGGCUCUGUUUCUACCAGCAACCACAAAGAUUUUGUCCUGGAAGAAAGCAAUAGAAAGUGGUAUCCUGGAUAGAGAUCUUGCCAAUAACUUAAAAUCGAUUUGUAUACCUGAUGUGAUGCCCCACAUGCAACUAGCAGACUCUGCAGAACAAAAUAUUAAUCCUGGAGCAGCAGUUCUACCAUGCAGCAAGAGCCAACCUAAGGCCAUAGCAAGCCAGAGUGAGAAUCUGUUGUUCCAGCUGAUGACUCACAGCUAUAUUAAUGUGCGAAAUGGACAGAGGCUGCUUCUGUUAGAUAAAGAGCUGAUGGAUACACUAACAUCCAGAGAUGAGUAUCAAACAAGUCCUCCAAAAGUGGUUGAAAUUGGGCAUCAAAGGCAAGAAACUCCUGAGGGAUUGCAAGAAUCAGCUAACGUGAAAAUCUCAGGAACUUUCAGCGAUGGGUGGACUGUGAGGCUGCCUGAGUUCCAGUUUUCUUCUCAGAACAAAGAAUAUCCCGAUCAGGAAGAUUGCACUACAGAAAAAGGCAAAAAGACCACUGUAGAAACAGAAGAUUCUUCUGUAGAGAACCCUGAACAGGAUCUGUUUGUAGAACAAAAAGAGAGAAAUCCAAAUGUUGACACUUUGAAGGUAAUAAAUAAAGUCAAAUUAGAGGUACAAAGGCAGUUGAUAGGUACCCAAAGGGAAGACCAAACAGCAGUGUCUAUCAGAGAAAAUGCCAGCAGGGGACACCUCCUGACUGUACCUCCUGCGGAGGCGGAAGGUGUGCCGUUGGUGGUUGACAAAGAUCUUUUGUCUGUUGAAACACCAAAGAAAGAACAUCAACCUCUAAGAAACACUUCCUUUACAUGUCAGAAUGAACAAGCACACACUCUUGAGACUGAAUAUAUUCAUGAUGAAACUGGAGGAUCUCACAUAAAACCCCAAAGCAAAAAGUCACAAGUUCAGUUAAAGAAAACUCUAGGUAUAAAGUUAGAACUAAAGUCUGAAACUGAUGGGAAUGUUCAUCCUCUGGACAAAAAGGAAAUGUUAAAGAAAACAUUUUUGGCUAAGGAUGACCAUAAAGAAAGUCAAGAAGCACAGAACAUCGCAGGUGGUAGUAUGAUGAUGUUAGAAAAGACCGAUGAGGAAGAUAAUGGUAGGGAAACUUUUCUGUCAUGCAGUCAUCCAUCAGAAUUGCUUGAAGAAACUACCUUAAAUGUAUUAUCUGCACAGUUACUAGAUGGUGGUAUCUUUCAUGAACAAACAGGUCAAAAGCUCUUACUAAAUGAAGCAAUAUCCCGAGGCAUCGUGCCAAGUCACACUGCCGUGAAGCUUAUGGAGAAGCUGAACAUGUUUCAGGGGUUCUUUGACUCUCAGACAUGUGAGUCUUUGACAACUGAAGAAGUCAUUAAUGAAGGUCUGAUGGAUGAGAAAUUAUUACAUAAUGUCCUCAUGGCAGACAAAGCUAUAAGUGGUAUCUUAGACCCCCGUACCCACACACUAUGCUCUGUAAAGGAUGCAGUUACAGUUGGACUUCUUGACAAGGAAACAGCCACCAAAAUUUUAGAGAGGCAGGUGGUGACUGGUGGAAUUAUUGAUCUGAAACGAGGCAAAAAAGUUUCAGUAACUUUGGCCUCAACUCUUGGCUUGGUGGACGUUGCUGACCAGCCAGAGCUUAUAAAUCUGGAAAAAGCUUCCAAAGGUAGAGAUGCUGAAAAAACAGUUAGGGAGAGAUUAAUUAGUUUACAAAUGGAAACUACAGGACUUAUAGACCCUGAUAGUAAAGCCCCUUUAACAGUUGUGCAGUCCAUUGACAGAGGUCUUUUGGAGAGAGAGGAGGCCGUUCGUUUGUUGACUAAGCAAGUGGUAGAUGGAGGUAUCAUUCACCAUAUAUCUGGGAUGAGACUGUCUGUUGAUAAUGCCUUCAGACAUGGCUUAAUUGGUGAAGAUUUAGCGGAGAAACUCAAAAGAGUUGAGAACUUAAACAUCCAUCAGAUUUUUAAUCCUGAAACAAAGGAAAAUGUUUCCCUCCCUAAAGCCAUAAAAUUAGAUCUUAUUACCCCAGACCUGAAAAGAGAAAUCCAGGAGGUUCAGGCCUUUACUGGAAACUUUGUAGAUCUCAUUUCUGGUCAGAGAUUGACCUUGGCAGAAGCUAAAAAAGAAGGACUGUUAACUAAUGAAGCAGUAUUGUCUCCAGGAAUGAUGCAUGGCAUUGUAGAUCCCGAGAACUGCAGAAUUGUCCCCUACUCAGAAUUAGUCAAGAAAUGUAAGAUUGAUAUUGAAUCUGGACAGAGAUAUCUAGAAGUAAUUCCCUUCUCAGACAUUAAAGAUGGGGUGAGCGACAAAGUGCUUACAUUGUCUCAAGCAAUUCAGCUUGGAAAAGUAGACUUUGCAUCUACGCUGAAGGUUCUGGAAGCCCAGGCAAAUACUGGUGGAAUCAUAGAUACUGCUACUGGAAAAAGACUGACAUUGGCAUCAGCUUUGGAAGAGAAACUGGUGGAUGAAAACAUGGUCAGAAUUAUUGCAUCUCAUCAGGUGUUAAAUGGAGGAAUUGUUGACAUAUUUAGUGAUCAGAGAGUGACUUUAGCAGAAGCUAUUGAGAAAAGACUGAUCAGCCCUGAACUGGCAAAUAUGAUCCAAAUAGAUAGUUCAGAGUUCAGCAAUCACAGGGCUCAGAUUGAAAAGCAAGAAGGGAUUGAAGUGUGUGCAUUACAAAAUGAAUUUCUAAGAAAGGAUAUGUUAAUUGCUUAUAAUCAGACUGCUGAAAUGAGUUGUAAUAAAGUAGAAGAGAGUGAGAGAUUACUUCAAGUUGAAAAUCAGUCUGCACAAGAAAAGGUUAAAGUGAGAGUUUCUGAUGCGGAGCAGGCAAAAAAGAGCAGGGAAAUUUCCUUAAAGGAAUUUGGGUGCAAGGAUCAACAUGAGCCAAGAAUAUCUCCAGAUGCUAAAGAAUUUAUCAGUAUCAUAAAUCCUCAUAAUCUUAAAGGUAAAUCCUUGGGCCAAGUGUCAUUGACACACCCUUACUCUGAAGUUUGUGCUUUUAAACUCAAAGAAGUGGCUAGAAAUAACAUGGGAAAUGAUACAAAUGAAGAGCAGGAAAAAGCAGUGACAAAAAUAGAAAUUAUUUCUCAUACGAAGCAGUCUACCUCAUGUCUAGAUUCUGAAGAAAUAAGAGAAAAUCAAGGGGAAGUGAUUUUGGAAGUACAAGAAACAUAUUGUGAAACAUCAGGCAAAUUGCCGAGUGAGCAGGUUUUGCAGCAACCAAUGAAUGCUGGGGUGAAAAGUAAGAGAGAGAAGAGGGAGGUGAUUGUAGAAGAAAGUAUAAGAACAUGCAAACCAGCAUUUCUUUCUGAAGAAAAGUUAUAUCAGGAAACUGCCAUUAGAGAUGAGCAUGACUCCCAUAUAAAGAGCCAACCUAGAGAAAUGACCUCAAGUGAAAAAGGGAAAGAAGCUGAUACAGAAAUGGGAUUUUCUGUUACUUUUAAAAUUGAAGAGUCCUCUUCCCAAAUGGUACCUCAAGGAAUUUCUGUAAAACAUCUAGAUGCUUUAACACUCUUCAGCUCUAAACAGGCCAAUGAAGGAAAAGUAAACAAUUUAAGUCUCUGCUUGACGUUAAAACCAGAAGAAAACUUAACUCAAGAAAUUGCGUGUGGGGCCCAGAGUGAACCAUUCCCUUGUAUGACCCCAAGACCUGAAGGAUUGCACUACCAGGAAUCAGAUGGAAAAGCUCAAGUGACAGGCCCAUCCCAAAUUUCCAAAGCAGACAAGUCUUUCCAAGGAACCACCAGACGGGAGACCAACUAUCAUCAAGAGUCCUGUGUUACUUCGAAAACUAAGGAAACCAAACAUCUAAUUUCCUCAUCUAAUGAAUGUAAAGAAAAGUCAUACCAAGAAGUAUCUUUUGACCCAGCAAGAGGUCUUAAAUUGGAAGAAAUCACAGUUUCUAGACCAGAUUCAAAAGAAGUCGAUUAUCUAGAAUUCUCAGACAGAAAAGACCUUCAUCAUCAGGGCAGCAAAAGUGAUGAUAAACUUUGUGGAACUCUCAACUCUGAAAUAGCAACACAGGAAAUAACUGGAGAGAAAUUUCUAGAAAUGGCAAACCCUAAUGUUACAGGUCUAGAAGCAGGAUCCAUUGAGGACAUAGUGACUCAGAGAGGUUCCACAGUCUUGGGAUCCUUUCUUCCAGAGAAACUAUUCAAAGGAGUGUCUCAAAAAGAGAAUACAGGGCAACAGAAUGCCAUCAUUAGUCCUACUGUUCUAGAGACCAGUGAAGAAAAGACAGUGUCCCUAACAGUAUGCUCUGCAGUGAAGACAGAGAAGACACCACAGGAAAAGCUCAGAGAAAGCCCUGGCAGUGAACAAACUCCCUUCAUGACUGCACCUGGAGGAAAGGGAAAUGGAGGUGUAAACCCAGAGCCCUUCAGAGCAACUCAGAAUGUAUUUACCCGGCAACUCUGCUUAGAACAUGAUGAAAAGCUAGUAUCCUAUCUGUCUCUGUUACGGAACAUUGAAAUGAGGACCAAACAGAUUCAACCUUUGGAGCUAAACCUGAAAGAACUACAGGAUCUGCUGUGUCAGGCCAAGGUAUUAGACAGGGAGUUAAAGGAUCUGACCACCUUGGUCAGUCAGGAGUUGGAGUGUGUGAAUCAGAUUAUCAUCAGCCAGCCUCAAGAAGUUCCUGCUCAACUGUUGAAGGCUCUAGAGAAAGAUGCCAAGAAUCUUCAGAAGUCUCUGAGCUCUGUGAGUGACACUUGGAAUUCCAAGCUACUCCACUUCCAGAAUGCUGUGGAAAUAGAAAAGACUAAAGUAUUAAAUCAGCACACACAGCUAGAAGGCAGACUUCAAGAUCUGAGAGCCUGGGUUGGCAAUACCAAUCUUAUUCUGAACAGCAAGGGAUCUAAUAGUGAAACAGAUGUUGACAGCCUGAACCGCUGUCUCCAACAAUAUGAGGAUUUGAAACAGCCCAUGGCUGAGAGGAAAACUCAGCUGGAUGCUCUUGCUUUUGAUGUUCAGUUCUUUAUCUCGGAACAUGCCCAGGACUUGUCCCCUCAGCAGAAUCGACAGAUGCUGAGGCUUCUGAAUGAACUGCAGAGGUCCUUCCAGGACAUUUUGGAACAGACUGCAGCUCAGGUGGAUGCCUUGCAGGGCCAUCUUCAACAAAUGGAGCAGGAAGCCCUGGUGAAGACCCUGCAGAAACAACAAAAUACCUGUCACCAGCAACUGGAGGAUCUUUGCAGUUGGGUAGGACAGGCAGAAAGAGCACUGGCAGGCCACCAAGGCAGAACCACCCGGCAGGAUCUCUCUGCUUUGCAGAAGAACCAAAGUGACUUGAAGGAUUUACAGGAUGACAUUCAGAAUCAUGCCACCUCAUUUGCCACUGUUGUCAAGGACAUUGAGGGGUUCAUGGAAGAGAAUCAGACCAAGCUGAGCCUACGUGAGUUGACAGCUCUUCGGGAAAAGCUUCAUCAGGCUAAGGAGCAAUAUGAGGCGCUCCAGGAACAGACACGGGUGGCCCAGAAGGAACUGGAGGAAGCAGUGACCUCCGCCUUACAGCAGGAAACUGAAAAGAGUAAAGCAGCAAAGGAACUGGCAGAGAACAAGAAGAAGAUCGAUGCUCUCCUGAAUUGGGUAACUUCAGUAGGAUCAUCUGGUGGACAGCUGCUGACCAGCCUUCCAGGAAUGGAGCAGCUCUCGGGAGCUAGCUUGAAGAAAGGAGCCUUGGACACCACUGAUGGUUAUAUGGGGGUGAAUCAAGCCCCAGAGAAACUGGACAAGCAAUGUGAGAUGAUGAAGGCCCGUCACCAAGAAUUGCUGUCCCAGCAGCAAAAUUUCAUUCUGGCCACCCAGUCAGCUCAGGCCUUCUUGGAUCAGCAUGGCCACAAUCUCACACCUGAGGAACAACAGAUGCUGCGAGAGAAGCUGGGAGAGUUAAAGGAGCAAUACUCUACUUCCCUGGCCCAAUCAGAGGCAGAACUGAAGCAGGUGCAGACACUUCAGGAUGAGUUGCAGAAAUUUAUGCAGGAUCAUAGAGAGUUUGAAAGCUGGUUGAAACGAUCUGAGAAAGAUCUGGAGAACAUGCAUAAGGGAGGCAGCAGCCCCGAGGCCCUUCCCUCCCUGCUAAAGCGGCAAGGAAGCUUCUCAGAGGAUGUCAUUUCCCACAAAGGAGACUUGAGAUUUGUGACUAUCUCAGGACAGAAAGUCUUGGACGUGGAAAACAGUUUUAAGGAAGGCAAAGAACCAUCAGAAAUUGGAAACUUAGUAAAGGACAAGUUGAAGGAUGCAACAGAAAGAUACACUGCUCUCCACUCAAAGUGUACACGAUUAGGAUCUCACCUGAAUAUGCUGUUAGGCCAGUAUCAUCAAUUCCAAAACAGUGCUGACAGCCUGCAGGCCUGGAUGCAGACUUGUGAGGCCAACGUGGAGAAGCUCCUCUCAGAUACUGUUGCCUCUGACCCUGGAGUUCUCCAGGAGCAGCUUGCAACAACAAAGCAGUUGCAGGAGGAAUUGGCUGAACACCAAGUACCUGUGGAAAAACUCCAAAAAGUAGCUCGUGACAUAAUGGAAAUUGAAGGGGAGCCAGCCCCAGACCACAAGCAUGUUCAAGAAACUACAGAUUCCAUACUCAGUCACUUCCAAAGCCUCUCCUAUAGCCUAGCUGAGCGAUCUUCUCUGCUGCAGAAAGCAAUUGCCCAAUCUCAAAGUGUCCAGGAAAGCCUGGAGAGCCUGUUGCAGUCUAUUGGAGAAGUUGAACAAAACCUGGAAGGGAAGCAGGUGUCAUCACUCUCAUCAGGAGUCAUCCAGGAAGCCUUAGCCACAAAUAUGAAAUUGAAGCAGGACAUUGCUCGGCAAAAGAGCAGCUUGGAGGCCACCCGUGAGAUGGUGACCCGAUUCAUGGAGACAGCAGACAGUACCACAGCAGCAGUGCUGCAGGGCAAACUGGCAGAGGUGAGCCAGCGGUUCGAACAGCUCUGUAUACAGCAGCAAGAAAAGGAGAGCUCCCUAAAGAAGCUUCUGCCUCAGGCAGAGAUGUUUGAACAUCUCUCUGGUAAGCUGCAGCAGUUCAUGGAAAACAAAAGUCGGAUGCUGGCCUCUGGAAAUCAGCCAGAUCAAGAUAUUACACAUUUCUUCCAACAGAUCCAGGAGCUCAAUUUGGAAAUGGAAGACCAGCAGGAGAACCUAGAUACUCUUGAGCACCUGGUCACUGAACUGAGCUCUUGUGGCUUUGCACUGGACCUGUCCCAGCAUCAGGACAGAGUACAGAACCUCAGAAAAGACUUCACAGAGCUACAGAAGAUAGUUAAAGAGAGAGAGAAAGAUGCAUCAUCUUGCCAGGAACAGUUGGAUGAAUUCCGGAAGCUGGUCAGGAACUUCCAGAAAUGGCUGAAAGAAACUGAAGGGAGUAUUCCACCUACAGAAACUUCUAUGAGUGCUAAAGAGUUAGAAAAGCAGAUUGAACACCUGAAGAGUCUACUAGAUGACUGGGCAAGUAAGGGAACUCUGAUGGAAGAAAUCAAUUGUAAAGGUACUUCUUUAGAAAAUCUCAUCAUGGAAAUCACAGCACCUGAUUCCCAAGGCAAGACAGGUUCCAUACUGCCCUCUGUAGGAAGCUCUGUAGGCAGUGUAAACGGAUACCACACCUGCAAAGAUCUGACGGAGAUCCAGUGUGACAUGUCAGAUGUAAACUUGAAGUAUGAGAAACUAGGGGGAGUACUUCAUGAACGCCAGGAAAGCCUUCAGGCUAUCCUCAACAGAAUGGAGGAGGUUCACAAGGAGGCAAACUCUGUGCUGCAGUGGCUGGAAUCAAAAGAGGAAGUCCUGAAAUCCAUGGAUGCCAUGUCAUCUCCAACCAAGACAGAAACAGUGAAAGCCCAAGCUGAAUCUAACAAGGCCUUCCUGGCUGAAUUGGAACAGAAUUCUCCAAAAAUUCAAAAAGUAAAGGAAGCCCUGGCUGGAUUACUGGUGACAUAUCCCAACUCACAGGAAGCAGAAAAUUGGAAGAAAAUUCAGGAAGAACUCAAUUCCCGAUGGGAAAGGGCCACUGAGGUGACUGUGGCUCGGCAAAGGCAGCUAGAGGAAUCUGCAAGUCAUCUGGCCUGCUUCCAGGCUGCAGAAUCCCAGCUCCGGCCGUGGCUGAUGGAGAAAGAACUGAUGAUGGGAGUGCUGGGGCCCCUGUCUAUUGACCCCAACAUGUUGAAUGCACAAAAGCAACAGGUCCAGUUUAUGCUAAAGGAAUUUGAAGCACGCAGGCAACAGCAUGAGCAACUGAAUGAGGCAGCUCAGGGCAUCCUAACAGGCCCUGGAGAUGUCUCUCUGUCCACCAGCCAAGUACAGAAAGAACUCCAGAGCAUCAAUCAGAAAUGGGUUGAGCUGACUGACAAACUCAACUCCCGUUCCAGCCAAAUUGACCAAGCUAUUGUUAAGAGCACCCAGUACCAAGAACUGCUCCAGGACUUAUCAGAGAAGGUGAGGGCAGUUGGACAACGGCUGAGUGGCCAGUCAGCUAUCAGCACCCAACCAGAGGCUGUAAAGCAGCAAUUGGAAGAGACCAGUGAAAUUCGAUCUGACUUGGAGCAGUUAGACCACGAGGUUAAGGAGGCUCAGACACUGUGCGAUGAACUCUCAGUGCUCAUUGGUGAGCAGUACCUCAAGGAUGAACUGAAGAAGCGUUUGGAGACAGUUGCCCUGCCUCUCCAAGGUUUAGAAGACCUUGCAGCUGAUCGCAUGAACAGACUCCAGGCAGCUCUUGCCAGCACCCAGCAGUUCCAGCAAAUGUUUGAUGAGCUGAGGACCUGGUUGGAUGAUAAACAAAGCCAGCAAGCAAAAAACUGCCCAAUUUCUGCAAAAUUGGAGCGGCUGCAGUCUCAGCUACAGGAGAAUGAAGAGUUUCAGAAAAGUCUUAAUCAGCACAGUGGCUCCUAUGAGGUGAUUGUGGCUGAAGGGGAAUCUCUACUUCUUUCUGUACCUCCUGGAGAAGAGAAAAGGACUCUACAAAACCAGUUGGUUGAGCUCAAAAACCAUUGGGAAGAGCUUAGUAAAAAAACUGCAGACAGACAAUCCAGGCUCAAGGAUUGUAUGCAGAAAGCUCAGAAAUAUCAGUGGCAUGUGGAAGACCUUGUGCCAUGGAUAGAAGAUUGUAAAGCUAAGAUGUCUGAGUUGCGAGUCACUCUGGAUCCAGUGCAGCUAGAGUCCAGUCUCCUAAGAUCAAAGGCUAUGCUGAGUGAGGUGGAGAAGCGCCGCUCCCUGCUGGAAAUACUGAAUAGUGCUGCUGACAUUCUGAUCAAUUCUUCAGAAGCAGAUGAGGAUGGAAUCCGGGAUGAGAAGGCUGGGAUCAACCAGAACAUGGAUGCUAUUACAGAAGAGCUGCAGGCCAAAACAGGGUCACUCGAAGAAAUGACUCAGAGGCUCAAGGAGUUCCAGGAAAGCUUUAAGAAUAUUGAAAAGAAGGUUGAAGGAGCCAAACACCAACUUGAGAUCUUUGAUGCUCUGGGUUCUCAAGCCUGUAGCAACAAGAACCUGGAGAAGCUAAGAGCUCAACAGGAAGUGCUGCAGGCCCUAGAUCCUCAGGUAGACUAUCUGAGGAACUUUACUCAGGGGCUGGUAGAAGAUGCCCCAGAUGGAUCUGAUGCUUCCCAACUUCUCCAUCAAGCUGAGGUCGCCCAGCAAGAGUUCCUCGAAGUUAAGCAAAGAGUGAACAGUGGUUGUGUGAUGAUGGAAAACAAGCUGGAGGGGAUUGGCCAGUUUCACUGCCGGGUCCGAGAGAUGUUUUCUCAAUUGGCAGACCUGGAUGAUGAGCUAGAUGGCAUGGGUGCUAUUGGCAGAGACACUGAUAGCCUCCAGUCCCAAAUCGAGGAUGUCCGGCUAUUCCUUAACAAAAUUCAGGUCCUCAAAUUAGACAUAGAGGCCUCUGAAGCAGAGUGUCGACAUAUGCUAGAAGAAGAGGGGACUCUGGACUUGUUAGGUCUCAAAAGGGAGCUAGAAGCCCUGAACAAACAGUGUGGCAAACUGACAGAGAGGGGGAAAGCUCGUCAGGAACAGCUGGAACUGACACUAGGCCGUGUAGAGGACUUCUACAGGAAGUUGAAAGGACUCAAUGACGCGACCACAGCAGCAGAGGAGGCAGAGGCCCUCCAGUGGGUAGUGGGGACCGAAGUGGAAAUCAUCAACCAACAAUUAGCAGAUUUUAAAAUGUUUCAGAAAGAACAAGUGGAUCCUCUUCAGAUGAAAUUGCAGCAGGUGAAUGGACUUGGCCAGGGAUUAAUUCAGAGUGCAGGAAAAGACUGUGACGUGCAGGGUUUAGAACAUGACAUGGAAGAGAUCAACACUCGAUGGAAUACAUUGAAUAAAAAGGUCGCACAAAGAAUUGCACAGCUACAGGAGGCUUUGUUGCAUUGUGGGAAGUUUCAAGAUGCCUUGGAGCCAUUGCUCAGCUGGUUGGCAGAUACCGAGGAGCUCAUAGCCAAUCAGAAACCUCCAUCUGCUGAGUAUAAAGUGGUGAAAGCACAGAUCCAAGAACAGAAGUUGCUCCAGCGGCUCCUAGAUGAUCGAAAGGCCACAGUAGACAUGCUUCAAGCAGAAGGAGGCAGAAUAGCCCAGUCAGCAGAGCUGGCUGAUAGAGAGAAAAUCACUGGACAGCUGCAGAGUCUUGAAAGUAGAUGGACUGAACUACUCAGUAAGGCAGCAGCCAGGCAAAAACAGCUGGAAGACAUCCUGAUUCUGGCCAAACAGUUCCAUGAGACAGCUGAGCCUAUUUCUGACUUCUUAUCUGUCACAGAGAAAAAGCUUGCUAACUCAGAACCUGUUGGCACUCAGACUGCCAAAAUACAACAGCAGAUCAUUCGGCACAAGGCUCUGGAAGAAGACAUAGAAAACCAUGCAACAGAUGUGCACCAGGCAGUCAAAAUUGGGCAGUCCCUCUCCUCCCUGACAUCUCCUGCAGAACAGGGUGUGCUGUCAGAAAAGAUAGACUCAUUGCAGGCCCGAUACAGUGAAAUUCAAGACCGCUGUUGUCGGAAGGCAACCCUACUUGACCAAGCUCUGUCUAAUGCUAGGCUGUUUGGGGAGGAUGAGGUGGAGGUGCUCAACUGGCUGGCUGAGGUUGAGGACAAGCUCAGUUCAGUGUUCGUAAAGGAUUUCAAACAGGAUGUCCUGCACAGACAGCAUGCUGACCACCUGGCUUUAAAUGAAGAAAUUGUUAAUAGAAAGAAGAAUGUAGAUCAAGCUAUUAAAAAUGGUCAGGCUCUUCUAAAACAAACCACAGGUGAGGAGGUGUUACUUAUCCAGGAAAAACUAGAUGGAAUAAAGACUCGUUACGCAGACAUCACAGUUACUAGCUCCAAGGCCCUCAGAACUUUAGAGCAAGCCCGGCAACUGGCCACCAAGUUCCAGUCUACUUAUGAGGAACUGACCGGGUGGCUGAGGGAGGUGGAGGAGGAGCUGGCAGCCAGUGGAGGACAGUCUCCCACAGGGGAGCAGAUACCCCAGUUUCAGCAAAGACAGAAGGAAUUAAAGAAGGAGGUCAUGGAGCACAGGCUGGUGUUGGACACAGUGAAUGAGGUGAGCCGUGCUCUCUUAGAGCUGGUGCCCUGGAGAGCCAGAGAAGGGCUGGAUAAACUUGUGUCCGACGCUAACGAGCAGUACAAACUAGUCAGUGACACUAUUGGACAAAGGGUGGAUGAAAUUGAUGCUGCUAUUCAGAGAUCACAACAGUAUGAGCAAGCUGCUGAUGCAGAACUAGCUUGGGUUGCUGAAACAAAACGGAAACUGAUGGCUCUGGGUCCAAUUCGCCUGGAACAGGACCAGACCACAGCUCAGCUUCAGGUACAGAAGGCUUUCUCCAUUGACAUUAUUCGACACAAAGAUUCAAUGGAUGAACUCUUCAGUCACCGUAGUGAAAUCUUUGGCACAUGUGGGGAAGAGCAGAAAACUGUAUUACAGGAAAAGACAGAGUCUCUAAUACAGCAAUAUGAAGCCAUUAGCCUACUCAAUUCAGAGCGUUAUGCCCGCCUAGAGCGGGCCCAGGUCUUAGUAAACCAGUUUUGGGAAACUUAUGAAGAGCUCAGCCCCUGGAUUGAGGAAACUCGGGCACUAAUAGCACAGUUACCCCCUCCAGCCAUUGAUCAUGAGCAGCUCAGGCAGCAACAAGAGGAAAUGAGGCAAUUAAGGGAAUCUAUUGCUGAACACAAACCUCAUAUUGACAAACUACUAAAGAUAGGCCCACAACUAAAGGAAUUAAACCCCGAGGAAGGGGAAAUGGUGGAAGAAAAAUACCAGAAAGCAGAAAACAUGUAUGCCCAAAUAAAGGAGGAGGUGCGCCAGCGAGCCCUGGCUCUGGAUGAGGCCGUGUCCCAGUCCACGCAGUUUCAUGAUAAAAUUGAGCCUAUGUUGGAGACACUGGAGAAUCUUUCCUCUCGCCUGCGUAUGCCACCACUGAUCCCUGCUGAAGUAGACAAGAUCAGAGAGUGCAUCAGUGACAAUAAGAGUGCCACUGUGGAGCUAGAAAAACUGCAGCCAUCCUUUGAGGCCUUGAAGUACCGUGGAGAGGAGCUCAUUGGACGAUCUCAGGGAGCAGACAAGGAUCUGGCUGCAAAAGAAAUCCAGGAUAAAUUGGAUCAAAUGGUAUUCUUCUGGGAGGACAUCAAAGCUCGGGCUGAAGAGCGAGAAAUCAAAUUUCUUGAUGUCCUUGAAUUAGCAGAGAAGUUCUGGUAUGACAUGGCAGCUCUCCUGACCACCAUCAAAGACACCCAGGAUAUUGUCCAUGACUUGGAAAGCCCAGGCAUUGAUCCUUCCAUCAUCAAACAACAGGUUGAAGCUGCUGAGACUAUUAAGGAAGAGACAGAUGGUCUGCAUGAAGAGCUGGAGUUUAUUCGGAUCCUUGGAGCAGAUUUGAUUUUUGCCUGCGGAGAAACUGAGAAGCCUGAAGUGAGGAAGAGCAUUGACGAGAUGAAUAAUGCUUGGGAGAACUUAAACAAAACAUGGAAAGAGAGGCUAGAAAAACUUGAGGAUGCUAUGCAAGCUGCUGUGCAGUAUCAGGACACUCUUCAGGCUAUGUUUGACUGGCUAGAUAACACUGUGAUUAAACUCUGCACCAUGCCUCCUGUUGGCACUGACCUCAAUACUGUUAAAGAUCAGUUAAAUGAAAUGAAGGAGUUCAAAGUAGAAGUUUACCAACAGCAAAUUGAGAUGGAGAAGCUUAAUCACCAGGGUGAACUGAUGUUAAAGAAAGCAACUGAUGAGACGGACAGAGACAUUAUACGAGAACCACUGACAGAACUCAAACACCUCUGGGAGAACCUGGGUGAGAAAAUUGCCCACCGACAGCACAAACUAGAAGGGGCUCUGUUGGCCCUUGGUCAGUUCCAGCAUGCCUUAGAGGAACUAAUGAGUUGGCUGACUCAUACUGAAGAGUUGUUAGAUGCUCAGAGACCAAUAAGUGGAGACCCAAAAGUCAUUGAAGUUGAGCUUGCAAAACACCAUGUCCUAAAAAAUGAUGUUUUGGCUCAUCAAGCCACAGUGGAAACAGUCAACAAAGCUGGCAAUGAGCUUCUUGAAUCCAGUGCUGGAGAUGAUGCCAGCAGCUUAAGGAGCCGUUUGGAAACCAUGAACCAAUGCUGGGAGUCAGUGUUACAGAAAACAGAGGAGAGGGAGCAGCAGCUUCAGUCAACUCUGCAGCAGGCCCAGGGCUUCCACAGUGAAAUUGAAGAUUUCCUCUUGGAACUUACUAGAAUGGAGAGCCAGCUUUCUGCAUCUAAGCCCACAGGAGGACUUCCUGAAACUGCUAGGGAGCAGCUUGAUACACAUAUGGAACUCUAUUCCCAGCUGAAAGCCAAGGAAGAGACUUAUAAUCAACUACUUGACAAGGGCAGACUCAUGCUUCUAAGCCGUGACGACUCUGGGUCUGGCUCCAAGACAGAACAGAGCGUAGCACUUUUGGAGCAGAAGUGGCAUGUGGUCAGCAGUAAGAUGGAAGAAAGAAAGUCAAAGCUGGAAGAGGCCCUCAACUUGGCAACAGAAUUCCAGAAUUCCCUACAAGAAUUUAUCAACUGGCUCACUCUAGCAGAGCAGAGUUUAAACAUCGCUUCUCCACCAAGCCUGAUUCUAAAUACAGUCCUUUCCCAGAUAGAAGAGCACAAGGUUUUUGCUAAUGAAGUAAAUGCUCAUCGAGACCAGAUCAUUGAGCUGGAUCAAACUGGGAAUCAAUUAAAGUUCCUUAGCCAAAAACAGGAUGUUGUUCUGAUCAAGAAUUUGUUGGUGAGCGUGCAGUCUCGAUGGGAGAAGGUUGUCCAGCGAUCUAUUGAAAGAGGGCGAUCACUAGAUGAUGCCAGGAAGCGGGCAAAACAAUUCCAUGAAGCUUGGAAAAAACUGAUUGACUGGCUAGAAGAUGCAGAGAGUCACCUGGACUCAGAACUAGAGAUAUCCAAUGACCCAGACAAAAUUAAACUUCAGCUUUCUAAGCAUAAGGAGUUUCAGAAAACUCUUGGUGGCAAGCAGCCUGUGUAUGAUACCACAAUUAGAACUGGCAGAGCACUGAAAGAAAAGACUUUGCUUCCCGAAGAUACUCAGAAACUUGACAAUUUCCUAGGAGAAGUCAGAGACAAAUGGGAUACUGUUUGUGGCAAGUCUGUGGAGCGGCAGCACAAGUUGGAGGAAGCCCUGCUCUUUUCGGGUCAGUUCAUGGAUGCUUUGCAGGCCUUGGUUGACUGGUUAUACAAGGUGGAGCCACAGCUGGCCGAGGACCAGCCCGUGCACGGGGACCUUGACCUUGUCAUGAACCUCAUGGAUGCACACAAGGUUUUCCAGAAGGAACUGGGAAAGCGAACAGGAACCGUUCAGGUCCUGAAGCGGUCAGGCCGAGAGCUGAUUGAGAAUAGUCGAGAUGACACCACUUGGGUAAAAGGGCAGCUCCAGGAACUGAGCACUCGCUGGGACACUGUCUGUAAACUCUCUGUUUCCAAACAAAGCCGGCUUGAGCAGGCCUUAAAACAGGCGGAAGUGUUUCGAGACACAGUCCACAUGCUGUUGGAGUGGCUUUCUGAAGCAGAGCAAACGCUUCGCUUUCGGGGAGCACUUCCUGAUGACACAGAGGCCCUGCAGUCUCUCAUUGACACCCAUAAGGAAUUCAUGAAGAAAGUAGAGGAAAAGCGAGUGGACGUUAACUCAGCAGUAGCCAUGGGAGAAGUCAUCCUGGCUGUCUGCCACCCCGAUUGCAUCACAACCAUCAAACACUGGAUCACCAUCAUCCGAGCUCGCUUCGAGGAGGUCCUGACAUGGGCUAAGCAGCACCAGCAGCGUCUUGAAACGGCCUUGUCAGAACUGGUGGCUAAUGCUGAGCUCCUGGAAGAACUUCUGGCAUGGAUCCAGUGGGCUGAGACCACCCUCAUUCAGCGGGAUCAGGAGCCAAUCCCGCAGAACAUUGACCGAGUUAAAGCCCUUAUCGCUGAGCAUCAGACGUUUAUGGAGGAGAUGACUCGCAAACAGCCUGACGUGGACCGGGUCACCAAGACAUACAAAAGGAAAAACAUAGAGCCUACUCAUGCGCCUUUCAUAGAGAAAUCCCGCAGCGGAGGCAGGAAAUCCCUAAGUCAGCCAGCCCCUCCUCCCAUGCCAAUCCUUUCACAAUCUGAAGCAAAAAACCCACGGAUCAACCAGCUUUCUGCCCGCUGGCAGCAGGUGUGGCUGUUAGCACUGGAGCGGCAAAGGAAACUGAAUGACGCCUUGGAUCGGCUGGAGGAGCAGCUAUGCCUGGAAUUGAAGGAAUUUGCCAACUUUGACUUUGAUGUCUGGAGGAAAAAGUAUAUGCGUUGGAUGAAUCACAAAAAGUCUCGAGUGAUGGAUUUCUUCCGGCGCAUUGAUAAGGACCAGGAUGGGAAGAUAACACGUCAGGAGUUUAUCGAUGGCAUUUUAGCAUCCAAGUUCCCCACCACCAAGUUAGAGAUGACUGCUGUGGCUGACAUUUUCGACCGAGAUGGGGAUGGUUACAUUGAUUAUUAUGAAUUUGUGGCUGCUCUUCAUCCCAACAAGGAUGCAUAUCGACCAACAACCGAUGCAGAUAAAAUCGAAGAUGAGGUUACAAGACAAGUGGCUCAGUGCAAAUGUGCAAAAAGGUUUCAGGUGGAGCAGAUCGGAGAGAAUAAAUACCGGUUCUUCCUCGGCAAUCAGUUUGGGGAUUCUCAGCAGUUGCGGCUGGUCCGUAUUCUGCGCAGCACCGUGAUGGUCCGCGUUGGUGGAGGAUGGAUGGCCUUGGAUGAAUUUUUAGUGAAAAAUGAUCCCUGCCGAGUUCACCAUCCUGGGAGUAAAAUAAAGCGCUCUGAUUCCAGCUCUUCGAUUUCCAGUCAGUCUCCCAUAGCACGAGGCAGAACUAACAUUGAACUUAGAGAGAAAUUCAUCCUACCAGAGGGAGCAUCCCAGGGAAUGACCCCCUUCCGCUCACGGGGUCGAAGGUCCAAACCAUCUUCCCGGGCAGCUUCCCCUACUCGUUCCAGCUCCAGUGCUAGUCAGAGUAACCACAGCUGUACAUCCAUGCCAUCUUCUCCAGCCACCCCAGCCAGUGGAACCAAGACUUCACUUCAUUUCUCUCGCUGUUAUGACAAACCCUGGUUGGUAAACAGUAAAGCUGGCACCCCUAUCAGGGACAGCCAUUCUCCUGACCUCCAGCUGCCCACCCCUGAGGUUAUCCCAUCAUCAGGUAGCAAGUUGAAACGACCAACACCAACUUUUCAUUCUAGUCGGACAUCCCUUGCUGGUGAUACUAGCAAUAGUUCUUCCCCAGCCUCCACAGGUGCCAAAACUAAUCGGGCAGACCCUAAAAAGUCAGCCAGUCGCCCUGGGAGUCGGGCUGGGAGUCGAGCUGGGAGUCGAGCCAGCAGCCGGCGAGGAAGUGACGCCUCUGACUUUGACCUCUUAGAGACGCAGUCUGCUUGUUCCGACACUUCAGAAAGCAGCGCUGCAGGGGGCCAAGGCAACUCCAGGAGAGGGUUAAACAAACCUUCCAAAAUCCCAACCAUGUCUAAGAAGACCACCACUGCCUCCCCCAGGACUCCAGGUCCCAAGCGAUAACACUGUCUAAGCACCCCCAAGCCACUAUCCACUUUGAAUCCUGCUCCAUACAUUGGGUGUAUAUUUAUUCUGAACGGGAGAAGUUAUAUUGUUAAAAGUGUAAAAGAAUAAUUGUGUUAUGAAGCUGCCUUAUUUUUUUUCUUUUUGUAAGUUACUAUUUUCAUGUGAAUAUUUAUGUAGAUAAAAUUUGCCUCCUGGUAACCCUGUAAUGGAUGGGGCCCAGAAAUGAAAUAUUUGAGAAAAACAAGUGAAAAGGUCAAGAUACAAAUGUGUAUUAAAAAAAAAAAGCCUAUUAAUAGGGUUUCUGCGCGGUGCAGGGUUGUAAACCUGCUUUAUCUUUUAGGAUUAUUCCUAAAUGCAUCUUCUUUAUAAACUUGACUUGCUAUCUCAGCAAGAUAAAUUAUAUUAAAAAAAAAAUAAGAAUCCUGCAGUGUUUAAGGAACUCUUUUUUUUUGUAAAUCACAGACACCUCAAUUAGCAAGAACUGAGGGGAGGGCUUUUUCCAUUGUUUAAUGUUUUGUGAUUUUUAGCUAAAGAGAGGGAACCUCAUCUAAGUAACAUUUGCACAUGAUACAGCAAAAGGAGUUCAUUGCAAUACUGUCUUUGGAUAUUGUUUCAGUACUGGGUGUUUAAAGGACAAAUAGCUGCUAGAAUUCAGGGGUAAAUGUAAGUGUUCAGAAAACGUCAGAAUAUUUGGGGUUUUAAACUGAUUUGUUGCUCCCUAUCCAGCCUAGACACCAGUAACUCUUGUGUUCACCAGGACCCAGACCCUUGGCAAGGGAUAGGCUCGUUGGUGACAUUGUGAAUUUCAGAUUUGUUUUAUCCACUUUUUUUGCUAUUUAUUUAAAUGGUCGAUCAACUUCCCACAAACUGAGGAAUGAAUUCCACGAGCCUGUUCUGAAAAUGUUGACGUAAGACAAACACGUGCUCGUCCUUUAAUGGAGUUCACCAGCACACUUGUUAACCAGUCCCGUUUGCUUUCGUCUUUUUUUGUGCGUAAUAAAGUCAACUGACCAAGUGACCAUGAAAAGGGGCUGUCCAGGGCUCCUGUUUUUUAGCUGCUGUUCUUCAGCUCCGACCAUGUUGCUGUGUGAUUAUCUCAAUUGGUUUUAAUUGAGGCAGAAACUGAAGCUCUACCAAUGAACUGUUUAGAAACAAGACACACUUUUGUAUUAAAAUUGCUUGCAGUAACAAA